AUGACCACUUAUGUCAUCAAGACUGAUUCCUUUGAGGAUUCGAACGAUUCUUUAUUCUCUUAUGAUGCAAGACGGCUAAAAGAAAAGAAUGAUGCGAUAGAAGUCACAGACUCUGGGUCCUUGGUUAAGUUAAUGCAGGGUUUGCAAGGUCAAGCGAUGUUCUAA